AACCCGAGGCUGCGCUCGGCGGGGCGCUGGUGGCCGGGGGCGCGGCCUGGGCGCUCCUGGGGGUCCCCCUCCAAGCCCGAGGGCGGGGUGGGGUUCUCACCCUUUGGGGUCCCGCUCUGCAAAGGGCUCCCCUCGCUCAGGACACCCGAAGUCUUCGGAAGCACCGCUGUUGACCUGCUGAAUAAUGAUUCCUGCUCCAUUGGGGGGACCAUGGGGGGCGCGUUGAUCAGCUAAGUUUUCCUGAACGUUUACGGCUGAAUGUGAGGCCAGAACUGAAUGUCAGCCCGUGUCCGCGAAGUGGAGCCCUUGUAGGACGGACCUACAGGCGUUCACACUACUCGGGAACAUCUUCCCCUUUGCGGAUCUGUUCCCGUUGAAAUUCAUCCCCAUAGUAAUGAUUGAUGUGCCACCGCAGGGUCCACGGAGGGGCUGUCGGGAGGAAGGAAGCCCCUGGCUCCUCUGCCGCGUUGGGGUGGACAAUUUAGCAAAGCCUGUUUGCUGCCUGCCCUGAGGGCGGGUCCCUGUGACAGCGGCCGAGUCCCCCGCUGCCAAGUCGAGUGUGCCCCCCUCCUCUUUUCCAGAUUGUGCCUUUUUAGCCAGGAAGCAUGGAGGUGAUCCACCACCGGCCCUGCUGCUGCAGGGAGCGCGAAGGAGCUGACCUCCUGUCAGACACCUUUUACUCCAACGAGGUGCACACGCCGCUGCAAGCAACUCCUCGCCCAACUGCCUCGGAGGACAGGUAUCAGGAAUUGAAGGAGUCGCUCCAACCAUGCAGGCUUCCAUGGGGUGCUGACAAGGAAUAUGGUGGGAUGAUACCCAUUUCACUCCCUGAGGAACACAGGCCAAAAUGUGACCCCCUCCAUGCCAUGGGCAAGGGACAUCAGCACUAUGGAUAUGGUGGAGAUACCUGGCCAAGAAGGCUUCCUAUUGAACAGUUCUAUUAUUUGACACAGAACAAAAAAAGUGACAUCUAUGGAAAUGAUUCUUUGUUGCCCAAACCACCUAAUUCAGCAGUAGGUGAAAUCUGCUCCCCGUAUCCAGUUGAACAUCCCUACCACACACACAUCUGUCGCGGUGCCAUGUUCCCAACCUUUACAUCACCUAAGGAUCGCUACACUGGCAUUAACGCCCGAGGCCAACAGCCAUUUCCUCCAACUGUGCCAACGAAGCCUUAUGAUACACUGAUUUUGAAGACAAAAGGUAAUCCUUACAGACAUGAACUGCUUGAUAUUCCCAUGGAUUCAAAGAAGAAAGCCUUGACUUGGCCAGGUCAGGGUGUGUAUUAUGACUUUCCUAAAUGUGUUGAGAAAAACAAGCCAGUAUUCUACCCCAAGCCUCCUAAAACCUUCGCUCCUAACACUUCUUUGAAUUCAUGGGAUCCUGUUAACUCUCAAAAAGAAGCCAACAUACAAAGAAAUAUUGAGCGGUCCCACUGGAUCAGUUCAUACACUCAUGAUUUCACAGGUGUGGGGCCCAUGAACCCCCUUGAACUGGAUGAUUACCAUGAAAAGGCGAUAGCAGAGUUAACUGGACAGAUAGGAUUUGACCCACAACCUUCAGAAAAAUUCCAUUCUGUCCUCAAACCCCCCAGACCCUCGGAUGGACGAAUAGCUCGACUGAUUCAGAACCAACGUCCUCUGGAGGCUAUUGUCCAGCAAAGACCACCUCCCUGUCCUGAUUGUACCCCUAGAGUUUUGUGUAAUUUUCAUACCUUCAUACCCAGUUCUUCAGAACUGAUGGCACUUCGUGAUAACACACUAGCAGGUAUGAUCCAUAAACACCAGGAAAUUGAAGACAAGAUUAAGGAAGAACAACGUUUGUUAUCUACCUUUGCAUGCCCACCUGGUUACCCAACGAAAGAUAUGACUAACGGUUAUGACAUACAACCAUUUCCAAAAAUUACAGAUACUAAAAAGACAGAAGAUUUGUACUGGAGACAGCUGCCAUUAAAACCCCAACCUGUACCUCACUACCACCCCAACCAAUACAUUCAAUAUGAACAUUUUAAAUCUGCCUUACUUGACCAGCAUGCUAUGUGUCAAAACCCUGUUAACCUUAGUACGCCUAGUCCUGUACAAAAUAAACCAGACGCAGAAGCUCUUGAUCUAGGAUGUUUUUUAAGGAAGCCAGAAGAACAGCUGACCUUCAACACAGAAACUGAUGAAGAAACGAAAUCUCUUCUGGGUUGGAUUCCUAAAGUUGGAGGGGCCAAGACUCAGGCCAACCUGCUUGAGCUUAAGAACUCUUUUUCAAAAUCUGGUGCACAAAAACGUUUCCAUAAAUCAAUUAGAGAAGACCAUAAAGACCUUAGGAAUAAGGUACAUUUAGGGAUGAAACACCAAUUCUAUGACCAUAAUUCCUAUUAUUUCUACAAUUGAGAUAUUCAUCUUUCCCUUCAAAACAUAGCCUCUUGCAAGAAAAGAAAAUAGAAUUUCUUCCUUGUUACUGGAUUCUGUUUUAUAGAUGAGCCAUCAUGAACCUUGCUAAUGAGGUUUAUGUUUUCAGGAAUUUAAGUUUGGAUCUGGUCAGAGGAACCCAAUUUGGCAAUAAAAUAUUAGAACCAGAAAAACUUAUAGUCUUUCAUCUCAUUUCCAAAUGAUAUUCCAAGUAAUUUCCCAAAACAAUGUGCAUGGCAAAGUUUACAUUAGUUUUUAAAAAAUGAAUUUCUGGGGGGAUAAAACCCUCAAAUGUCCAAUAAUGGACAGAUGUCUAUACAAAUUAUAUUACCCUAAUAAAAUAAAUAGGUGAACACUCUCUCUUUAUGUAAAUGUUUGUACAAAAUAACAUUAGGUACAAAAGACAAAACUCAAAUGCCCUGUCAAUUG